GUUGCAGCCCUGGUUCUGCAGCAAGACUCAAAAGAGUCUAAGACGCUGUCUCUGCUAAACCCUUUUGGCCACCAUUCACAGCAUAGGGAAGGCAUCGAGGAAGCCAGAAAAUAGGGGUUCCUUCUAAGACAGAAGCAUAAUGAGAUUGGAGAAAUGCUGGUUCUGUUCCUCUACCGUAUAUCCAGGGCAUGGUAUUCAGUUUGUUCGGAAUGAUGCAAAGAUUUUUCGGUUCUGUCGAUCCAAAUGCCACAAGAACUUCAAGAUGAAGCGGAAUCCUCGUAAAGUAAAAUGGACCAAGGCCUAUCGGCGGUUGCACUGCAAAGACAUGACUCAGGAUUCAACCUUUGAGUUUGAGAGAAAGCGAAAUAGGCCAGAGAGAUAUGAUAGGAAUGUUGCUGAGAAUACUCUGAAGGCUAUUAAGAAGAUUGAUAAAGUCAGAGUUGAUAGAGAGGCCAGACACCAUGCGCUCAGAAUGAAGGGCAAGAAGGCCAAGGAGCAGAGGGAAGCAGCAAAAGAGUUGGAGCAGAGCAUCCACAUGGUCAAAGCUCCUGCUGUGCUUCAGCAAGAGCCAUCUCUCACCUUGCCCAAGAUCAAAGUCAAGGUUUCCCAACAACAAUCAGAGGAAAAUCAUGCCAUGGAAGAGUGAUUUCACUACUGGGCAAUUUUGUUGCGUUUAUAUUUUUGUGUUUGGAUGGUUUUGGAGCUCCAAGAUCGUAAUGGGAGGAACUGGAAUAGUUUUAUUGGUGUCUACAAAAGCUCAUGAUCUUGUUUUCUUUUCACAGUUGAUGAUGAGAUAGCUACUGAUUUUUUCUGUUUGUGGAAUAUUGGAAAACUGUGGUUUGAACAUGAAUUGUAAUUUUAAAUUAUAUUGAAUCAAAUCUCGUGCAGCAAUUUUCUUCAA